CUAUUUGUCCAUUUCAAUCACAAGGUUCAACUAGAACUCUAGUCCCACACAAACAGGUAAAAAACUAAACCAAACACUUUGCUCGUGUGUUUAACAUGAUUCCACGAAGUUGAAGAGUUGAUCAAGCCAUGAAAUAGCGAGAGAGUAGGUAGAUAAGAGCACAUUAUCUUUCACUGAACUCAUUCUCUCAUCACUCGCACUUUUGCUCUGAGAGAGAGAACAAUGGCAACUCUACCAUUCUCAGCAACUAGUGCUCAAUCAAUGUCCAUUUCACAUUCCAAAUUUAUCUUAGGCUUCAUGGGGUUCGACCGCAUAACCCAUAAUCCGGAGAUGUUCUUGAUCAGAACCCCACGUUCCAGUUAUUCAAGAAGAAAAUUUUCUGUCAAGAAUGUUGCCAGCAAUCCAAAGCAAAAGCUAAAGGACUCUGUUAAACAAGAAGGAGGUAUUGCAGGUGAUCUAGGCACCUUUAUUCCAGAUUCAGCAUCUAUAGCAUCAAGUAUUAAAUACCACGCAGAGUUCACUCCAUCGUUUUCUACAGAGCAAUUUGAGCUCCCUAAGGCAUACUUUGCUACUGCAGAAAGUGUUCGCGAUACCCUUAUCAUAAAUUGGAAUGCUACUUAUGAUUACUAUGAACUGAUGAAUGUAAAGCAGGCAUAUUAUCUUUCUAUGGAGUAUCUACAGGGUAGGGCAUUGCUAAAUGCAAUUGGAAAUUUAGAGCUUUCAGGGGCUUAUGCAGAGGCUUUGAGAAAGCUAGGGCAUGAUCUAGAGGAUGUUGCUAGGCAGGAACCAGAUGCUGCACUUGGGAAUGGAGGAUUAGGGCGGCUUGCUUCCUGCUUUCUGGACUCACUGGCAACAUUAAAUUACCCUGCAUGGGGAUAUGGACUUAGAUACAAGUAUGGCUUAUUCAAACAGCACAUUACCAAAGACGGGCAGGAGGAAGUUGCUGAAAGUUGGCUUGAGAUGGGCAAUCCUUGGGAAAUUGUAAGAAAUGAUGUAUCCUAUCCUGUGAAAUUCUAUGGUGAAGUUACUUCAGGGGCGGAUGGAAGUAAACAAUGGGUUGGGGGGGAAAAUGUAGUGGCUCUUGCCUAUGAUGUCCCCAUACCAGGAUACAAAACUAAAACCACCAUAAACCUUCGACUGUGGUCCACAAAACUUGCACCAGAAGAAUUUGAUUUAAGAGCUUUUAAUGCUGGAGAUCAUGCCAAAGCAUAUGCAGCUAUGAAGAAUGCUGAAAAGAUCUGCUACAUAUUGUACCCUGGGGAUGAAUCGUUGGAGGGAAAGACUCUUCGAUUGAAGCAACAAUAUACUCUUUGCUCUGCUUCUCUACAAGAUAUUAUUGCACAUUUUGAAAGGAGAUCAGGAGAGCCUGUGAAAUGGGAGAAUUUUCCUGAAAAGGUAGCAGUGCAGAUGAAUGAUACUCACCCAACGCUCUGCAUCCCAGAGUUGAUAAGAAUAUUAAUGGAUGUAAAGGGUUUGAGCUGGAAGGAAGCCUGGGAUAUUACUCGAAGAACUGUUGCAUACACAAACCACACAGUUUUGCCUGAGGCACUGGAGAAAUGGAGUCUAGAGCUUAUGCAGGAAUUGCUUCCUCGACAUGUUGAGAUCAUAAGAAGGAUUGAUGAGGAGCUGAUUCAUACCAUAAUUGCUGAGUACGACACGGAGGAUCUUGACAUGUUGAAACAAAAAUUGAAACAAAUGAGAAUUUUGGAUAAUGUGGAGUUGCCUGACUCCGUUGCAGAAUUGCUUUUUAAAUCAGAAGAAAAUUCUGCUGUUGAUCCUGCUGAGGAAAUUGAAUCUUCUGUUGAAGAAAAUAAGCCUACUGCUGAAGAAGAUGAAUCUGGACUGGAUACUGAGAACAAAAAAGAGGUGACAGUUGAUGAAGCUCCAAAACUGCCAAAGGUGGUCCGCAUGGCUAAUCUUUGUGUUGCAGGUGGGUAUGCAGUGAAUGGGGUUGCUGAGAUUCAUAGUGAAAUAGUCAAAAGUGAAGUUUUUAAUGAAUUCUAUAAGUUAUGGCCUGAGAAAUUUCAAAAUAAAACAAAUGGGGUGACACCAAGAAGAUGGAUUCGUUUUUGCAAUCCAGAUCUAAGUAAAAUUAUAACCAAGUGGAUUGGAACUGAAGAUUGGGUUGUGGACACUGAGAAAUUGGUGACACUUCGAAAGUUUGCUGAUAAUGAAGAACUCCAAUCUGAAUGGAAGGAAGCAAAAAGAAGAAACAAGAUCAAGGUUGCCUCCUUCCUCAAAGAAAAAACUGGCUAUUUUGUUGACCCUGAUGCAAUGUUUGAUGUACAGGUGAAGCGUAUCCAUGAAUACAAGAGGCAGUUAUUGAACAUCAUGGGAAUCGUUUAUCGCUAUAAAAAAAUGAAAGAAAUGAGUCUUGAGGAAAGAAAAAUAAAGUUUGUUCCUCGGGUAUGUAUAUUUGGAGGAAAGGCAUUUGCUACAUAUGUCCAAGCCAAGAGAAUUGUGAAAUUUAUCACAGAUGUAGGAGCUACAGUAAAUCAUGAUCCAGAGAUAGGUGAUCUUUUGAAGGUCGUCUUUGUUCCUGAUUAUAAUGUCAGUGUUGCAGAAGUGCUUAUUCCUGGCAGUGAAUUGUCCCAGCAUAUCAGCACUGCUGGAAUGGAGGCCAGUGGAACCAGCAAUAUGAAGUUUGCAAUGAAUGGCUGUAUCCAAAUUGGAACCUUAGAUGGGGCAAAUGUUGAAAUAAGGCAAGAGGUUGGAGAGGAUAAUUUCUUCCUCUUUGGUGCACAAGCUCAUGAAAUUGCUGGACUAAGGAAAGAAAGGUCUGAGGGAAAGUUUGUGCCGGAUCCUCGCUUUGAAGAAGUCAAAGCUUUUGUCAGAAGAGGCGUUUUUGGUCCCUACAACUAUGAAGAACUUAUGGGAUCACUAGAGGGAAAUGAAGGUUAUGGCCGUGCUGAUUAUUUCCUUGUGGGCAAGGACUUCCCUAGUUACAUAGAGUGCCAAGAGAAGGUUGAUGAGGCAUAUCGUGACCAAAAAAGAUGGACAAAGAUGUCAAUCUUGAACACAGCUGGUUCAUUCAAGUUUAGCAGUGACCGAACAAUUCAUGAAUAUGCGAGAGACAUAUGGGGCAUCGAACCUGUUGUAUUGCCAUAAAUUGGUAAAUUGUACUCCAUGUGAAACAAAAGUUUUCCACAUAAAUUCUGCAUCUCUUUUCUUCUUUUUCAAUGGUGAAAUUAAGUAUUCUUGUAAGUCACCCACUAAUACAGUUUUUUUUUGGGGGGGCCAGGCCAGCUUCCAUUUUGUUGCUAAGUCAGCUAGGAACUUGAAAUCUUGAUGUUCCAUUAAAAAUUGAAAAAUUGUUUGGUUUCUAGACUUAUUGGAAAAGUAAAAGGGUUUAUGCAUA